AUGAAAGCGUUCGUGCCUUUCUACGUGUCCACCUGUCUGUUCGCAAUAUCUGUCCUUUUUAACAACUCCUCGUUUUACCUCCUCCCCUGUGAUGCCUUUCCAUUUGGGGUUUCCGAAAAUAAAUACAUUCAGGCUUUCCCCGAUUUUCAUCUCUUUUACGAGUAUGUGGACAUCAGAAGUGAUGACUCCCCCUCCGAGUUGGGCGACACGCAGAAGGAAGGGAAGAGAAGCAGAAAAGUGCUAUUCCAGUCCGAUAAAAUAGACUUUUAUAAAAAUUGCGAAGUCAGUGACGGUGCAAAUUACGAUCAGGAUUGUGAAAAUAAUUAUGAAAAGAACGGCGUAAACAAUUACGUAGAGGAUUAUCCAGAGGGGAGUCGUAAAAAUUGUAUCCGUACCGAUGGGGAAGAAAUCCCGGGCGAACUGUUCCAGAACAGAUGUGCUGCAAUGGGGUUAAAAAUUUAUGAGCGCCUGAGUCAGAUGUUCAGUUGGUGCCUCCCCGAUCGUGUCAACUUUGGGAAUGGAUUUGAAAAAACCCAUUUUGGUUUCCCCGAUGCUUACCUAUUUGGUGGAAAACGAAUUCUCACGUGUAAAGACCACUCUGAUCAGUGGAAGCUGGACAGGCAACUCAGCAACAGUAGCGAUGCGUCCAGUAAGAACAGCACAGAGGUCGAACCUACCCCCUCUAACCAACUGUGCCAAGAUAGCCACCAGAACCUGAUCCAAGAAAUUUACGAAUACGAGAUUUACCCAUUUUUGAAAGGACUCCUCACGAAGAAGUUGCACACAAGAUCCCGUAAUGUUAUUAACAAAUCGGAAACAUAUUUUUCGGACUGCACAGAAGGGAUUCCCACCCAAAGAAGAGAAAACAUUGAAGCAUUUGAACAGAUGGUGUUGUACCACUCCUCCCGUGAACAUCGAUACGAUAUAUUAAAUCAGUCCAAAGGCGUCAACAGAAAAAAGAAGAAGAAGCACAAAAAAAGAGGGAAGGAAAAAAAGUCCGAUGGGACGGCAAAUAGUUAUAAAACAGGAAAUAAUUCUAACCUAGAACAAGAUGAGCAUAAGAAUGAUGUCCACAUCCCUGCAGAAAUAAAUUACGUCUACAGCAUAAAGAAGAAGGUGCUGCGCAACUUCGCCUUCGCAAACAUUUUAAAGAAAUACAUUCAGUACAAAUAUCAUUCCAAUGGAUUGGUGAAGGUGGGAGAAAAUGGGGGAUAUCCUGGCCACCCCGAGGGGAAGGCAAAGAGCCGCUUCACCCCCUUUUUGGAACACCAUUACGGGAAAAGCAGCGCGAGUGAAAAAAGUGGGCAGAAAAAAUAUAGCCACAAAGAACCCAUACGCUUUAUUAACAAAAAGGCCCUUAUAAUCCUGGAUCAUUUAAAAAAAGAAACCUCCUAUCUGGUUGUCUCCUACGUGGUCGAGCGAGAAACGGCUCAGCUGCUAAACUUCACGGAGUAUUAUGUCCCCCUGAAGGUGCCUAUACACACGCGAAGUUUUAUGGAAACCCCUGAUGAGGGCAAUCACUCCAAACAGUACAAACAGUACGAACAAUACGAACAGAACGAUGGAUAUAUAUCCCCCAACUGGGAUAAGCUGCAUCGGAAGGAGGACAUUUGCUACUAUAACUAUGGAGACAACUGUAUGGAAUAUUUAGAGAAUCUCUUUUUAAGAACAUGCAAAGUGGUGGUGCACCCUGAUGGUGAUGUGAGUGAGCGGACGAAAAUGCUGCAUGUGAUGAACCCGGUAGAGAGGAAGUUCCUCAUAAAUGAACACCACAAGUGCAGGCAGGAGGGACAAUCACAAUUGCCAAGAGGGGUAAAAAAAUGGAGUGAGGAGGAUCACCACAAAAUGGGUCAUUCACACGGAAGUGUAGCGACCAAAUGGGGGGAGAACCAUUUCUUGCGGUUGUAUGCCCAUUUGGCUCACAUGAAAGGCUUCCACUCUUUUACCCGCUGUCUAUUUCGCGCGUUUCAAGUGUACAGUGGUCUGUUCCAGAGUGGGAAGUUAAGCGGCAAAGGGGCUAAUCUGGCGGGCACCACGGGAAAAGAAGAUGACUCUACGCAGGGCCUGCACGUCCAUACGGCGGAGCCACGCAGAAGCGGAUCAAACGACGCCACCAACAUGAGUAACGUGAACAACUCCAGUAACAGCAGCCAUGGAAACACCUCCAAAAAGUUCACUAACAACACCAACAGUGCAGAGUACAUAGUGAGCACAUACGCAGGGUCGGAUGGGGGGUACCACUACUACCUGAUCAACUACAACAACCAGAACUACAUCUUAGAGGUGAGCGAUAAGUCAGAUUUUUAUGGCAGUCCUCUCACCAACAAUAAAAGAAACAGAGAAAAUAUGACAGAUACGGAGAAGGCCAUAAUAAAAAAUAUGAAGAAAUACAUGAAGGAAGGGAAUAACUUCUCUGUAUACAUUGACCACAUGCCACCCCCGGAAGUUUAUCACAAUGACUGUAACAAAUUUAACACCAUAAAAUGGGCAUUGAUUUUGUUCUUCAUACCGGCCUGGUUAUUACUAAAUGUGGUCUACAUUAUAUAUGUCCAGAAUGUGUGGAGACAGAUGCUGAACCCGUUAUAUAGACUGAUGUUGUCACCGUCCAUAAUUCGACUGGCAUCCUAUAUUAUGUUGCUACUUUUCUGUAUGAUUCAGUACCCCCGCAAUAAUAGCCGCUAUGUGGAGUAUACCAUUUUGUCCUACAUGGCCCUAAACACCAUGUUCAACACCAUCUUUUAUGGGAACCUCAUUCUUAUAAGUAAAGGGUACAUGAUAACAAGAGGGCAAUUUAGCAAAAGGGAUAACCUCUCUCUAACCCUAAUUAUCAGCAGCAUAUACAUUCUAACCUCCUUUAACCAGCUAAACGUAAUUAAUGAUACGCCCAUACUGAUCUUUAUAAAUAUGAGUUUGCUUUUUGUACUUGUUAUAAACAUCCUAUCGAUUCAGAACUUUUUAAAGUUGAGACUGUCCUUUGUCAGAAGUGUGCGGAUGAUGGAUUCCUGGGAAGAGUCACUCAAAAUUAAAUUGAGCAUGUAUAAAAUGUACCUACUGAUCAUUGUUAGCUUUUUUACUUUGGAGAUUUUACUGCAUUUGCUAAAAGCCAUGUUUAAUUUUUUAACGGGGACUGUUAUCCUGAUUGAGUACGCCUUCGAGUUGAUUAUGUGGUGCUGCGUGUUGUACGUUUUUAGGUACAGGGGGAACGUCUUAUACUUCUCCCUCCUGUAUGACAAUUUGACCUUUAAUAUUAUGCCCCUCUACGUGGCCAAGACGAGCGAAGAUAUGCUGGACAUGGUGACCGACAAGCAGUGGACUUUCAAAAGCGCACACUAUCCCAUUUUUAUUUUAAACCCGUGGGAGAACAACAACCAGAAUUACCUCUCUAGAAUGGUCGUGGGAUGGCCCCUCGUUAUGCACCACAGGAAGAGGUACCUCUGA